AUGGACUUCGAAGGUAGCCGAUAUUAUGUUUUUAAUCGAAUAAUGUUAUCGUCUAUUGGAUUAUGGCCAUAUCAAAAGACAUGGCCUAUUCGAAUUCAAAGAUUCUUUUGCAUAAUUUGUAUUAUAUCUAGCAUAAUAGUCCAGUUACUCACAUUUACCACAUUUGAUUACAACUUGGAUAUCUUUCUUCAUAUUUUAUCGUGCUUGAUUCCUUGUUUCAUUAUCUUUCUAAAGUAUAUUACAUAUUGCAUAAAAAUUGAAUCGAUGCAAAAAUUAAUCGAUAUGAUAAAACAUGACUGGAAUAUGCUAAAAAGUAGAACGGAAUAUGAAAUAAUUCUAAGAUACACUUCUGUAGGAACAUUUUAUGCACAUAUGUUUGCAUUGAUCAUCUAUAGUAGUGUGAUAUUUGUCGCCUUCGUACAUUUAAUACCAAAUUUUCUCGAUCUUUUGGAGCCGCUUAAUCAAUCUCGUCCACAUCAACUGGUAAUAUUAUGCGAAUAUUUUGUUGAUAGUGAUGAGUAUUUUUAUCCUAUUCUUCUGCAUUGGAUCGUGUGUUUUUUUAUACUACUGUCUACAUUACUGUCUACUACAUCUAUACAUGUAGCCUGCAUACAGCACAUAUGUGGGAUGUUUGAAAUAGCUAGCUAUCGUAUCGAACAUGCUCUCGAUGAUUACGAAAACGAAAAUUUGAUUUCUACUAAAUGCUGCAUAGCUUGCUCCGGAAUAAUUAGUGCCAUCACCACUCACAGACGAGCUAUCGAGUUGGUAGUUUCUCUUCGCAUAAUUCAGGAUUUAAAUAUCAUUUAUAUGUUUCAUCAAACUUAA